AUCUCAAAAGAAAGAAAGAAGCUAGCAACAUAUAGCCAUGGCGAUCCCGGUCGUUACUAUUGCUAAGUUGGCCGUCGUCUUGCUUCUCAUCCUUCCACGUUUUGAUUCGAGGGCAGUUAAUCCGCAAUCGGAGAAUGUACACGAUGUUUCGACUAACGUCAGGUAUUGUGAUGAUGGUAUAGUUUGUUCAUAUCAGGAUGAUAUGUUUUUUUGGUAUUUAUAAUUAUCAAUCAAUCAAUCAAUCACGCAAAUUCCACCAAUCGUUGCAGCAACAUCGUGAUUUUGGAGUCACAACUACUGCAGCCUAAAAGAGGAACAAUUGGAGUCAUCAUGAUACCUCAAGCAUCCAACAACAACAAUACGCAUUCAGUACAAGAAUGGUGCAGCGAUAUUUGCAACGACCAAAAUUGUUAUUUUCAUUACCCAGAUCUGUGUGAUGGUCAAGAUCCUAUUAACUGUCAUGUGGGUUGCUACUGUGACGAGGAUCCCCAGAGUUGUCAUUGCUUGUGCACAGCAUAGAUAAUUUUGUUCUCUUCAUUUGAAGAAAGUUUCAAUCGAAGUGCAUGCAUCGUCGUGCGUGGUUGGAGACUUGGUGUCUCGAUCGACCUACCACUUUGUUUACUUUCCUAUUGUACGAUUUUUCUCCUUUGUUGUACUCUUUCAGAUAAUUCGGUGUGUUCUCCAUGUUCUCAUUGUUAGAGAGUGGUAUAAGAUCCAGCAUAACCUUCUCUCAACAACUCGAGUUAUUGGGACCAAAUGGUUUAUGACAUGGUAUCAGAGCCUAGCUAGAACCGAAAGGUCAUGUGUUUGAAUCUCCACGACCCUCAAUAUUAACCGUUGUCUUUCAAGCACAUGGUAUGGUGGGUCUGUGCAAACUUCAAGCUCAUGGGUUGGCUUUCGUUUGAGGGGGCGUGUUAGAGAGUGGUAUAAGAUCCAGCGUAACCUUUUCCCAACAAAUCGAGUUAUUGGGAUCAACUGGUUCAUGACACUCAUUGCAUGUAUUGUGGUGAAUAUUCUUGUUGGUUUUUUCUUGUCUUGGAUUUCUCCCGAUAGUUUUCCUUCUGAGUUGGGACUGCUUUGUAUGGGGUUUUAGUUUUUUUUUUUUAUGAAUGAAAUAAAGAUGACUCUUAUAUAUCAUCUUCGUUCAAUAAUACAAUAAUAUAUAAUAUAUAGUGUUCAAUUUUGAAGAUCUUUAGUUGGACUCGAACUUGGUCCUCACUAAUGAUCGGAUAUCAAGAUUGUCUACCCGUAGUGCCAAAUUUGUUGAGAACAGAGUGAGAUUAUCAAUCCGAUUUAUACCAUUAUGUUGGUUUGGCAAGCCGUAUGGUCAGAGCGGUGGUACAAUAAGUUUAUGCCAGCUCAUCUCAAUUUUUCCAAAACAUGUAAGGAAGUGGAAAAUCAUUAACACUAAAUGAGUUUAGACAUGUAUAAAACAUAUUUGCAGAAAAUAUCUCCAUAAUAAUACAUACAUCCAUAUUCAAAUAUCUCUAUAACAAUACAAUACAUCCAUAUUCAUAUUUAAAUAUAACAUUUAACGUCAACAUCCAAAAACGCAUACUUGAAUCCAACAAAUAACAUGAACAUCUAAAUACUUGAAUCCAACAAAAUACCAUCAACAUGUAUAUUUCAAAUUCAAGGAAACAAAUCAAAGAUUUUUUUUAAAUUAAAUUUACUAAAAUGACGUCAUUUUAUCUAAAGAGUUGGAAAUCGGUCAUGUCGAUCAUGCCAGGAGUAUUAAUUCCCGACAAUUUUAUAGCAGGUACCGAUUGGUUGUAUCGGCCUGAUUUAUCCAAAUUUCUAUAGUGUUACGAGCUCUUGAUGCCACGACAACAACAACAAAUGUAAACAAAACCAAACAUUGCUUUCAAUUUCUAUUUUCACCUGUCAAAACAAAAAAUGAAAAUGAUACAAGCUUAAUUAGUUAGCACAUGCACAUCAUUUGCUUAAUCAACGGCUAAUAUUGGAGGUCAUGAGGACGUCAACGCUGCAUCUCUGUGUAGUGGUCAAGAUCCCAAUAACUGCCAUGUGGGUUGAUUCUGUGAAGAGCUUCCCCAUACUUGUUAUUGCUUGUGCAAUGCAUAAGUAUAUUUUAUUUUGUUAUUACUAUCACUUUGUUUUCUUUUUCAUGUGAGGUUUUUUAAUUUUCCGGUGUUCUUUUAUUUCAGAUUUUCAAUUAUGUGUUUGUAAAAUUAUACCACGCUGACGGUUUCGAUCAAGAAAAUUACACAUCAGAAUUUUUUCUCUCUCUAUAUGAGACGUCCAAAAGAUGGGCUGAGAGACAUUGAUGUCAAAACAAUGUCAAUCAUCCUUUGUAGUAUGAUGAACAAGAACUACAUGAAUUUGUACAAAAAUCAUUCAAGAUUCACUUUAAUUUGAAUGAUUCGGGGUUUAGGAAUUUAGGGUUAGGGUUAGGGUUUACAAUUUGGGAUUUUGGGUUUAGAUUCAAAAUUGAAUGUUAAUAGGUUAGGGUAGUGGGUUGAUUAGUUGUGAUUCUGUGUUAUAUCAUCAUAUGAGACUAAUGCUACCCAUUAAAUUUCAAAAUUUGAUGUAUUAUGACCACUUUUAGAGAAAAGUGAGUGCAUCGAAGUAGCCACCAUAUAUAUAUAUAUAAAUAAUAAUACUUCAUAACUAUUACACAACAUAAAAAUAGGUUACGAAUAUUUACUCGUAAAAUAGCAUUAUAUUUUAGGUAAUGUGAUAUAUGCUAAAUAUAUAUAUAUAUAUAUAUAUGGUGACUACUUCGGUGCACCCACAAAAAUGAGUGCGUUCAAUGCACCCAACUCAAAAACUAGUCUUAAGGUGUCGGAUUUUGAAUUUUAAUUUGUAGAAUUAGUGUAAUAUGAUGAUAUAACAUAUGAUAACAACUAAUUAGCGGAUUACCCUAAGCUAUAGACCUCCAAUUUUGAGUUAUAUCCCUAAAUCCCAAAUUAUAAACCCUAACCCUAACCCCAAAUCUCUAAACUAUAAAUCCUUCAAAUUAAAGUAAAUCUUUAAUGGUUUUUGUGCAAAUUCAUGUGCGUUAUUGUUCAUCACAUCAUAAGUGAUGAUUGACAUCAUUUUGACAUAAAUCGCAUGUUUAAAAUAAUAAUUAUGAAGCGAGUGCACUGAAUGCACCCAAAAAAGUGAGUGCAGUGAAGACGCCACCAUAUAUAUAUAUAUAUAUAUAUAUAUAUAUAUAUAUAUAUAUAUAUAUAUAUAUAUAUAUAUAUAUAAAACUGGUAAUUGGAUCUCCACUUCUUAUUAAUUAAGCAGCAUAUGCUUCGCAUAUUGCUUCUCUUGUUUCGUGCAUGGGGUUUGCCGUCAUUGAAAAUUUUCUUUUAAUUUUAUGUUUUGUUUUUGGACUCACUUUUACAGCAAUGGUUCGAUUGAAGAGAUGCUGCUGGAUUAAGUAUUUAAAUUCUAAGGUCAGCUCAUGCAUAUUGUUUUGUUUGUUUUUGCUUUUCCGGAUAGGAUCUUCAAUCGAGUUGUUUUUGGUUUGUAGGUAUGGCGUGAUUCGAAUUGUUGUGAUAGACUCAUGUGAAUUUAAUACAAUUUGUUUGUUUAUACAUCUCGAUUUCAACCAAAGUAUAUUUACUGGAUUGAAGUUUGCAUAGCUCCAAAUUAUUAUUGUAUAUAAGAGACAAGAGAGGAGACAUAGAUUGGGUGGAAGAGUAGCAAAAAAUUCUACUGUAUCUCUUUAUGGUUUUUGUAUUUAUACGAGAGAGCUAAUGACAAGUACUAUUGCUGUCAUUUGAAUCCCAUUAAAGAAAGUCCUACACGUGGCUGGCUGGGAUUGGCUUAUUAGUAACUAAUUACUCUCCUCAUAAAAAAAAAGUAACUAGCAUAUCAGUUUCAAACUUCUAUUCUCUUCCAUUUCAGCCCAUCGUGCUGAUGUUGUUUGACUUUCUCGAAUCCUUGCUUGACACGGAUUGCAUUGGAUCAUUGCUAUUGUUGAUCGUUCUUCUAGUUUCGGCCUGACCCUCCAAUAAUAUGCUUAAAUCAAAAUUUAGUAUUAACGGUGUUAGCGGUGUUGGGCUGGAUUGGGCUCGUAUGGUUUUGUUCGGUUGAUUUGUGAUUGGCCCAUUGUUAUAGUAACAUGUACGUAGGAGGAGUUUGUGGCGGUAGAAACCGAGCCCUAGCAUGUGAUUACGUGAGCUAGGGUUAGACAAAUAUAUAUACAUGUAAAUUAACGAUGUACCACUCAAGGAAAACCUAAUAAGAUCAUCAGCUCGGAGAGUUCUAGCUCUCCCGUGGACUAGUCCAGAUCUCGGGGAAACCACGUAAACAGUGUGUCUUGUUUCCUUCUUCGUUUUCGUAUUUGAUUCUAGCUAACAAACGGCUGCAAGGACUUGAAUGCUGAACCUCAAGGUCAAUCCAACUUCAAUCCAACUCUGAUACCAAAUCGGCAAAUCAUAAACCAACCGAUCGUCCCAUCCCAAUAAACUCAACUUGUUGGGAGAUAACCCAAAUCCGGUCUUAUUCCACUUCCUUAUCAAGAAAAGAGCUGGCUCUCGAUUAAGGUUGCGAACCUACGUUUAGGGUGAAGUGAUCAACUUUGAUUUCUCAAGUCCCAUUUACAGCUAGCUAGCUAGCAAAGCAUUGCCAGCCGAUCCAAUGGCGGAGUUUUCUUCAUGUCUCCUGUGAUCUAUAUAUUCUUGUGGAUGACAACUAUGUUGAAAGGGAAGCGUUAACAUAUAUAGCCAUGGCCAAUUCUUGCGUACUCUUGAUUACUAUAUAUACAUGCAAGCAGCCUCAACAUGCAAUAAAUACACCUAACCUAACCUACUUCCAAGAGAAAGUAAGUAAGGAAGAAAGAAAGAACCAGAGCCAUGCCGAUUCCGGUCGCUACUUUUGCUAAGGUGGCAGUCAUCAUCAGCUUGCUUCUCAUCCUUACAUGUAUCGAUUCGAGAGCAGCCAGUAGUCUGCAGUCGGAGAACUACCAAAACUCGACUCGUCCCCAUCAGCAGCAGCAGCAGCCUGAAAGGGGAACGGCAGGCGUAGUCAUGAUACCUCGAGCAUCGAACAACGACACGAUCUCGGUACGAGACGAUUGCGACAAAGAUUGCAACGACCGAAGAUGUCACUUUUUUUACCCGGAUUUGUGCAGUGGGCAAGAUCCUGAUAACUGCUUUGUGGGUUGCUACUGUAGGAAACCAUAUGCUUGCUAUUGCUUAUGCUAUUCAUAAAUAUCGAAUUUGAAGGUAAGAUCCAUCGAGAUCUGAGUUGCAUGCAUCAUCGUCGUCGAUCGGGAUCGGCCAGAAUUUGGUAUCUCGGUCCAUCACUUUGUUUUGUUUUAAUUUCCAUGUAAUGCUUUGUUGUGAUCUUUCAAAUAAUGUCUAAUGAUCAAAUAAUUCGUACUCAUCAUCAUCAUCAUCUGCGAUGACGAUGACGACUGCGGUGAUCAUCAUCAUCUCAUAAGUACAAUUUUUUUAUUAGCUAAUUAUCGAUGCAUGAUAUAGUAUUAUAUUAAUGGAAAACAAGAACAAGGUACAGGGAAACUAAAGAAAACAAACAACACCAGAAUGUCCAAUAUCAUAAGUAUUUAAUUAAGGUAAGUGAUGACACUUUGAUUUUCUGAGAAAAUCGAAUUAGGAAACGAUGCAUGUAAACUGAUCAGGCUAUACGCGGUCCGGUCCGGUUGAAUCGUCCCAAAUUGAUCUGGUUUCAGUCCGGUCUUUUCGAGAAUACAAGGACCAAAGAUUGGAUUGGAUACAGUCCGGUCUUGAUCCAGUCCGGUCUUGACCCGGUCCGAUCUCAAUUCCGUCUUGAGUUUAGAUUGAACUUGUGGGGAUUUGAGUGGCCCGAGGACUCAAAGAGUGAGGAGUUGGUUAAGUUUUGGAUGUUGGGCUCUCUUAUCCAGUCUUUAUCCGGUUUUUUAACCGGUCCCAAAUGAUUUUUUUUUACCUCAAAUCUAAGCCCGAAAAUUGGAUUGGAUUGUUUGCUAUCUGGGUCCGAUCCGGUCCCAGUCCGAGUUAUAUGGUCCAGUUUCGGAUAAAACCAAAUAGCCAGGCCUAAUCAUCAUGUUCCUCAAGAUUAAACUCUCUAAUUACCUUCAUUAAUGCAGCAUCGUUCUUGAUUGCCUAUGUAUAGGAAGUCAACCCUAUAGCGCCUGAAGAUAUGCUAAGCAAAGUGGCAGCUUAGAUUCAUUCCCACCAACGUCACAUGGGCUAGCUAGAAUCUCGUUGACUUUCGUAUUUUCACGAUGUAGUGCUUUCUUUCCGCAUUAAGGGUGGAUGGGCAUAACCCAUUUAUUUAGUCAACUUCCAAUGACAAAUGGAAUCAAACUCUUUCCGCAUUAAGGGGUUGAUGGGCAUAAUUACCAUUUAUUUAGUCAACUUCCAAUGACAAAUGGAAUCAAACAUCAACUUGAAUUGGAUUUGGCAUAAAUAAUACAAGGAGAGAAAUUGGAUUACGUAUUGUACGUGGAUAAUGUGAUCCAAAGGUUAAACUUUGAUUAUUGUGACAGUUUGGUUCAACUAUACGAACAAGGGCUUAGUCUGUUGAUAAUACCGAUCACUAGCUUUUGAACCUGAAAGUCUAUAGAAUAACACAGUGGCAAAAUG